GGAGAAAAAACUUGAAACCAGAGGGUCAACGCCAAAGCUCAACAUUACUGAAGAUUUAUCCCAUGGGGUAAUGAUGGAAGGGGAAGGUCUCUGGCAUUCUGCUUUAGGGGAAACCUGGGAACCUGAUAAUUGGUUAGAGGAACAACAGAAAACCCAGGACAGACAUCUGGGUCAAGUGGCAGUUACCCACAAGGAAACCCUCACUAAGAGGAAGGUAUGUGGAGGUAACACAUUUGGAAGAUGUUCCAGUGAGGGUUCGAUCCUUGACACACAACAGAGCAUUCCUAUGGUGAAAAGGCCCCAUAAUGGUAAUUCACAUGGAAAAGACGCUCAAAGAAUGUUUGUGGGACAGAAAAUCUAUGAAUGUAAUGAAUGCAGCAAAACCUUCUGCCAGAGCUCAUCCCUUCUGAAGCACCAGAGGAUUCACACUGGGGAGAAACCCUACAAGUGUAAUGUGUGUGGGAAGCACUUCAUCGAACGCUCCUCCCUCACUGUUCAUCAAAGGAUUCACACUGGAGAGAAACCCUACGAGUGUAAUGAAUGCGGGAAGGCCUUCAGUCAGAGUAUGAAUCUCACUGUUCAUCAAAGAACUCAUACUGGAGAGAAACCCUAUCAGUGUAAAGAGUGUGGAAAAGCUUUCCGUAAGAAUUCAUCUCUUGUUCAACACGAAAGGAUUCACACCGGAGAGAAACCCUACAAAUGUAAUGAAUGUGGGAAAGCUUUUACCCAAAGCAUGAAUUUGACAGUGCACCAGAGAACUCAUACAGGAGAAAAACCCUACGAAUGUACCGAAUGUGGAAAAGCCUUCAGUCAAAGCAUGCAUCUUAUUGUUCACCAGAGAAGUCACACUGGAGAAAAACCCUAUGAGUGUAGUCAGUGUGGCAAAGCCUUUAGCAAGAGCUCAACUCUUACUCUACAUCAGCGAAAUCACACUGGAGAAAAACCCUACAAAUGUAACAAAUGUGGAAAAUCCUUCAGCCAAAGUACAUAUCUUAUAGAACACCAGAGGCUUCAUUCUGGAGUAAAACCUUUCGAAUGUAAUCAGUGUGGAAAAGCUUUCAGUAAGAAUUCAUCUCUUACUCAACAUCGGAGAAUUCACACGGGAGAAAAACCCUAUGAAUGUCUGGUAUGUGGCAAACAUUUCACUGGAAGAUCAUCCCUUACCGUACAUCAGGUAAUUCACACUGGAGAGAAACCUUAUGAAUGCAAUGAAUGUGGAAAGGCCUUUAGCCAGAGUGCAUACCUUAUUGAGCAUCAAAGAAUUCAUACUGGUGAGAAACCCUAUGAAUGUGAUCAGUGUGGAAAAGCCUUCAUUAAGAAUUCAUCCCUUACAGUGCAUCAGAGAACUCAUACAGGAGAGAAACCCUAUCAGUGUAAUGAAUGUGGGAAAGCUUUCAGUCGGAGCACAAACCUUACACGACAUCAAAGAACGCAUACGUGAGGACGGUUUUCAUUGGCCCUAAGUCACGAUUAACUCUUCAGUAAUAGAUAAGUCAUACAAUGUAGAAACCUAAUAAAUGUUAACAGUUAUG